AUGCCUGGCCUUGUGUCGGCCGCGGGCGUGAUCGGCUAUCUCGCUGAGCCAGAACCAGAGAUCAAAGCAUGGGCACUGAAGCAAUUGCAUGACGAGGUCGACCUGCUAUGGCCAGAGAUUGCCGACUCCGUGGGCGACAUCGAAGCACUCUACGAAGAUGAAUCGUUUCCCGAACGCAAUCUCGCCGCCAUCGUUGCCGCGAAGGUCUACUACCACCUCCAAGACUAUGGCGAGAGCAUGGCCUUUGCUCUUGAUGCCGGCAAGUACUUCAAGCUGAACGAUGGCGCCACUUUCGAGGAGACGAUCAUCGGCAAAUGCGUCGACACCUGGAUUGCCCUUUCCGCCUCCAAAGAUCCCACGCUCGUCGCCGCAUCCAACGCCACCCUUCCCGAACUUGACACACAAUUUUCUGGUGCAGACGGUGGCGCUGCCACGCUCUCUGCCAGCUUAACAUCGCCAGUCACACCCUUCUCGCAGUCUGCGCUGCCCUCGAAGUCCCUGCUGUCUCGUCAAAACACGGUCGUUUCGUUAGAGCAGGGUGCUGUCAUCGAGGGUGACGAGAACAAGGGCUCGCCAGAGGAGAUCAUCCAACAGCGAGGAUUGCAAAAACAACUCAACGGUAUCAUCGAGAGACUGUUCGAGCAAUGCUUCGCCGAGAAACGUUAUCGUCAGGUUAUCGGCAUUGCUGUUGAGGCUCGAAACCUGGAGGUCCUUCGACGAGUCAUUCUGCGCGCUGCGAAAGAUGAACAGAAAGAGGAUGGCGGUGUGACAAAGCACGGCGAAGAGCUGAUGGAAUACGUGCUCGAAAUCUGCAUGAGUGUUGUACAAGAGCGUGGUCUACGGAACGAGAUCCUCAAGCUGAUUCUGGAGCUACUCAACGACAUUCCUUCUCCCGACUACUUUGCCAUUGCCAAAUGCGUUGUCUACCUCGAUCAACAUUCCAUGGCAUCAGACAUCCUCAAGCAACUAGUUGAGAAAGGCGAUCCUCGGUCACUAGCUGUUGCCUACCAGAUAUCUUUCGAUUUAUACGAUAACAGCACACAGGAGUUCCUGAGGAAGGUCCGGGAGGAGUUGACCGUACUCGUUCCUGAUGAGACUGAUGAGAACGCGCCUCCGUCGUACACGGCCGCAACUGAGGAUCCCAACGAGCAGUUACAGCAAGAGCUCCAGGAUUCAGCUGGCACGCCUGCACCAACCAAGACUGAUGUCAAGCCCGAAGUCAAGGAAGCCGUCCAGUCGAUCAAGGAUAUCCUUGAUGGCCUCAAGUCGAUACACUUGAACAUCGAAUUUCUCAACAAGUCCAAUCGGGUUGAUCUGACAGUACUCAACAAGGUCAAGGACAGUCUGGAAGCUCGUAACUCGAUUUACCAUACCGCGGUAACGCUGUGUACAGGUUUCAUGCACGCAAAGACCGCCAACGACGACUUCUUCAGACAGAAUCUGGAAUGGCUCGGCAAGGCUGUCAAUUGGUCCAAGUUUACGGCAACAGCUGCGUUAGGCGUGAUUCAUCAAGGCAAUGUCAACCAGGUCGACAGACUGCUCAAUCCCUAUCUCCCGAAGCGCUCAGCAGCAGGUCCCCCCUCUACCAGCUCUCCAUAUAGCCAGGGCGGCUCACUGUACGCUUACGGUCUUGUCUGUGCCAACCAUAAGGGCAAGGCCGUUGAAUACAUCCGAUCGGCUUUCAAGGAUGCCACCGAAGAAGUCAUUCUUCACGGCGGCGCUCUCGGUCUUGGUGUCGCUGGUAUGGCUUCGGGAGACGAGUCUCUAUACGAUGACCUAAAGAAUGUGCUUUACACCGAUUCGGCCAUUAAUGGUGAAGCCGUUGGUCUCGCGAUGGGUCUCGUCAUGCUCGGCUCUGGCAACACCAAACAACUUGAAGACAUGAUUCAGUACGCUCGGGAAACUCAGCAUGACAAGAUCAUCCGAGGGCUCGCCAUCGGUAUGGCUAUGAUCAUGUACGGCCGGCAAGAGGGUGCUGAUAUCCUAAUCAAUGGCUUGCUUGGGGACGCAGACCCGCAUUUGCGAUAUGGUGGUAUCCUUACUAUCGCCAUGGCUUAUGUUGGCACUGGAAGCAACAAGGCUGUUCGAAAGCUUCUUCAUACCGCCGUCAGCGAUGUCAGUGACGAUGUUCGACGCAUCGCCGUGCUGAGUUUGGGUUUCAUUCUCUUCCGCAAGCACACCAGUGUGCCGCGCAUGGUUGAGCUCCUGGCCGAGUCCUACAACCCACACGUCAGAUAUGGUGCAGCCAUGGCUCUUGGUAUCUCUUGUGCCGGGACUGGUCUUGACGAGGCCAUCGAUCUGCUUGAACCGAUGCUCAAAGACCCUACCGACUUCGUUCGUCAAGGAGCUCUGAUAGCAUUAUCGAUGAUCAUGGUACAACAGAACGAGGCGAUGAAUCCUAAGGUCAGCACUAUCCGCAAGACGAUGCUGAAGAUGAUCUCAGACCGACACGAAGACGCCAUGUGCAAGUUCGGUGAUGCUAUGGCGAUGGGCAUCAUCGACGCUGGUGGACGCAACUGCACGAUCUCGCUUCAGACACAGACUGGCAAUCUCAACCUGCCAGGUAUCGUGGGUGCUGUCGUCUUCACACAGUAUUGGUACUGGCAUCCGCUUGCUCAUUUCUUAUCACUUUCCUUCACACCGACAGCAGUCAUUGGAGUGGACCAGAAGCUUGAUGUACCUGUCUACAAAUUCCACAGCAAUACCCGCCCGAGCAUGUUUGACUACCCACCGGAGCAGACUGCUAAGGUUGAUGAGGCACCAGAGAAGGUCAAGACUGCUGUUCUUUCUACCACAGCCCAAGCCAAGCGCCGACAGGCAAAGAAAGCGAAAGACGAGAAAGGCGACUCCAUGGACGUCGACACCGCCACUCCUGUCACGCCUAAGGUCGAGAAGUCCGAAGAUGCAGCCAAGCUGGAGUCUGAGGAGGCAAAGGACGACGAAGCUGCCAAGAAGGAGGAAGGCGAAAAGCCUGAGAAGAAGAAACGGGUCGAGAAGGAGAAGGUCGGCUAUGAGAUCUCAAACAUGUCUCGUGUUCUACCAGGCCAGCUCAAGUACCUCUCCUUCCCCGAUAAGCGAUGGCAACCAGUCAAGAAGCCGAUUACGGGUGGUGUCAUGGUUGUCCUCGACACUCAGCCCGACUCCGAUAGAGAGAUCGUUCCUCUCACCGACGAGGAAGGCGCGGAAGAGGCGCCCGUACCGCGAGAGUUCGACUACGAGUCCGAGAGUGAGCAUAAUGGGGAUCCGGACGAUAUGGAGGAUUGA